AUGGCGGUGCCGGUGUUCUCUAUGUCGUGUUUUCUCCUUCCUAAGAGGCUUUGUAAGGAAAUAAAUAAAAUCAUCUCCAACUUUUGGUGGGGGCAAAAGAACGGAGAGAGAAGGAUGCAUUGGGUAGCUUGGAGUCGGUUAUGCAAGUCGAAGGAAUCGGGUGGUCUUGGUUUCAGAGAUCUUGAAACUUUCAAUUUGGCUCUUUUGGCCAAGCAAGGUUGGCGCUUCUUAACUCAGCCGGAGUCCCUUCUUUCGAGAGUUUUUAAGAGUAAAUAUUUCCCCUUUGGCUCCUUUUUGGAGGCAAAUACGCACUCAAAUGGGUCAUGGGCGUGGAAAUCUCUCCUCAAAGGUCGAGAAGUUCUGAAGCUGGGUGUGAGAUGGCAAGUGCGUUCAGGAAGGGAGAUUUCCAUCCGCCAUGACCCAUGGUUGCCUACUGUCUUUCCGUUUAAGGUGGCUGAAGACGUGGUCAUCCGGAUCAUAUGA